AGAGGCUUUGUUUACCUUUUAAUUUGAUAUAAUUUCAAACAAACUUACACUCAAGUUGCAAACAUAGUGCAAAGGACUUGUAUACACUCUUCGUCUAGAUUCACCAGUUUCUGACAUCCUGUCCCAUUUGGUUUACUACAUAAAUACACGGUGAUUUCUGAGCCGUCUGCAGGCGAGUUGCAGACAUCAUGCCCUUUACCCCCGCCCCUUAGCACCUGUUUCCUAAGAACACGUACUUUGUCAAUCAUUAAACCAGGAAACUUACACAUCGCUGGUUCUCAGCCCACAUUCACAUUUUGUUAACCGUCUCAUAAUUCCAUAGGUACGGAUAUGGGUUCUUCGAACGGCCAGCUCUUCGUGGUCUCUCACGGCCUGGACGCUUCUGAGGAGGCAUUUUGUCUGCGAUGUUUCCUUGUGAUUGGCGUGAGGUUUUGCGUUUGGGGCUGGAACCACAGGAAGGGGCGGUGUCCCUUCCUGCGUGGCGCCCGGUGCCUGCUGUGCCUGGUCCCAAGGCCAGGAGAGGGCUCUCUACUGUAACUAUAAGGCAUCCCAGGGGAGACACUUGGAGACGAUAUGAGUAUCUGUUUAGGUUGUCACUGUCAAGGUUGCAAACAUCAUCGGUUUCCGAACUCGUCCCGCUGCAUUUACUGGUUGGUGGAGCGGAGCAGAGUGUCGGAAGACUCCUCCUCAUGAGCGAACAGCCCCAGACCGCCGGCUGAACCCGUGAGCCUCGGACACCACUCCACGGAGCCAGGCCAGAGAUGGCGUCCCCCGGGUCUGGCCCACCACCCAGCAGCUCGGCGGCCGCCAAGGAGCUGUCCCUGGCCAGGCUGUGCGCCCAACUGGACCUGUGUCUGGGCUGCUCCCAGUGCACUCAGCGGCUCAACGAGAGCACCUACCUCCUGCGCGGGGUAGAGCACGGCUGUCGCCACGAGAUCCUGCUGGCCCGCUUCAAGCGAGCCACCAAAAAGCACGUCUGGCGCAAGGUGGACCGCCGGCCCAGCUUCCCGCGGCCUGCCCGCUACGAAGUGUGCCGCUACUACAGCCCGGGGCUGGGCUGCCGGCGCCACCACCACCAGUGCACGUUUGCCCGGAGCCCGGAGGAGGCGCUGGUCUGGACCUUCGAGCGCGAGCACGACGUCCGGCGUCUGUGGCUCAAGUGCGAGGUGCAGGGCAGCGGGGCCCAGGGCGACCCGCGCAGCCCGGCCGACGCCAUCCGUGCCGAGUACGGCGGCCGCUUCCAGCUGCUCUGUGCCCACUGCUUCCAAGGCUGCCCGCCACGCCUCUGCCCCGUGGACCCCCAGGGGCGGUGCCCCCAGCACGGAGCCUGCCCUUCGCUCCUGACCCACGUGAGCACCGAGGGCCGCCGCAGGCAGCAGGUGGUGGAGGUGCGGCCGCAGCCCCAGUACGGCCAGCCCCUGGCCUACUGCAGGUCCGUGGGGCGCGGGCGGCCCUGCCGGCACGGGGCGGCCCGCUGCCAGUACGCACACAGCGCCGUGGAGAUGGCCGUGUGGGAGGCAGAGCAGCUGGACGGGCUCCAGAGGCGGGACCUGCUCUCGACCCCCGGCCCCGGCGGGGAGGAGCACACGGCUCCCCACCGCCAGCCCCCGGGAGCCAAGCUGUACUGCCGCGCCUGCCUGGUCACCUGCUGCUCCCAGGAGGCCUUUGAGAACCACUGCUCAUCCCUGGAGCACGCGUGGAUGGUGGCCUUGGACCCGGCCGUGCCCUGGAAACACCGCAGCCCGCCUGCCGGGCUCUCCGAGUUUGAGCUCUGCCCGAAAUCCGGCCUCUGUGAGUACGGGGACAUCUGCACCAAGGCGCAUUCAGACCAGGAGCUUCAGGAGUGGAUCCAGCGGGCACGGAACGUGGAGCUGCGGGAGCAGGCCGCGUGGCAGGAGGGGCUGGUGCCUUACCAGGCGCGGCUGCUAGCCGAGUACCAGCACAGCAGCAGUGAGGUCCUCGUGCUGGCCGGGACCGUGGACGGCGUGUUCAUCACCUGCAGCCAGCCCUUGGUGCAUCGGGCCCAUGAGAAGAAAACGCAGCACAGCUGGAUGUUCGACGUCUGCUCUGAGGAGCCCCUGCUGCACGUGGCGCUACUCAAGCAGGAGCUGGGAGCAGACUUCUCGCUGGUGGCGCCCUGCCUCCCGCCGGGCCGGCUCUACGCACGGGGCGAGCGCUUCCGCGUGCCGGCGGCCUCGCUGGCCAGGUUCCAGGUGGAGGUGCGCGUGCAGAGCACCUCCUUCGGCUCCUUCGAGCAGUGGGUGGUCUUCGACUUUGGCCGCAGGCCGGCGCUGCUGCGGAAGCUGGUGCUGCAGCUGGGCCAGGCGCAGGGCCCGGGGCUCCGGGGGGAGCCGGCACGCGGCCGCCCCGAGGAGCUGCAGCGCUGGCAUGGCGGCAGCCGCCACGUGGUGCCUGGCGUGGAGCGGACCGCCGAGCAGGUGGCCCUGCUGGCCAAGUACAAGGUGCCUGACCUGGCCCUCGACUUCAGCCCCGGCGGCCUGGCCCCAGGCCCCAUCUCCUGCACCAACUACCGGCAGAGGAUGCACCAGUUUCUCUACGAGGAGGAAGCCGUUCGGCAAGAGCUGGUGGCCAAGCUGAACUUCCGGGGCCCGGUGCCCCUGAGGACAGUACUGGAGACGCCGGCCCUGGGCAUGGUCUUCCCGCCGCCGGGGGCCCUCUACGCCGAGGUGCCCACGCCCUCCCCUCUGACGCCAGACACAGACCGGGGCUUUCUGCUGAGCCGGGCGGUCCGCACCGCCCUGGUGGCCCCCGUGCCCGCCCCUGACGACACGGUGUUCGAAGCGCGGCUGGAGGCCCGGGCCGGCUCGGAGAGGGCGCUGUGGCUGCUGCUGCCGGCCCGCUGCUGCGCGGCCCUGGGCCUGCAGCCCGACACCAGCCCCGUCCUGGAGGUGCAGUUCCAGGUCGACCCGCUGACCUUCCGCUUCUGGCACCAGGCGGUGGACGCGCUGCCUGAGGAGCGCCUGGUGGUGCCCCACCUGCCGGCCUGUGAGCUGCCGCGCCCCCUGCCCGCCCUGCCCGUGCUGCGCGGCAACCAGAAGCAGAAGUUGGCCGUGGCGUUCAUUGCGGGCAGCAGCCCCGGGGGCGAGCGGCCCGUCGCCCCGCUGCUGCUCUACGGCCCUUUCGGCACCGGCAAGACCUACACGCUGGCCGUGGCCUCCCUGGAGGUCAUCCGGCAGCCGCGCACCAAGGUGCUCAUCUGCACGCACACCAACAGUGCGGCCGACAUCUACAUCGAGGAGCAUUUCCAUGGCCACGUCAGCAGCGGCCACCCUGAGGCCACCCCGCUGCGGGUGAUGUACACGGACCGCCCGCCCAGCCAGACGGACGCGGCCACGCUGCGGUACUGCUGCCUGACGGAGGACGGCCGGGCCUUUCGCCUCCCAACGCGGGCGGAGCUGGAGAGGCACCGCAUCGUCAUCACCACCACCUCCCAGGCCCGCGAGCUCAGGGUGCCUGCCGGCUUCUUCUCGCACAUCCUCAUCGACGAGGCCGCCCAGAUGCUGGAGUGCGAGGCCCUCACCCCGCUGCGCUACGCCACGCCCCGCACCCGCGUGGUGCUGGCCGGCGACCACAUGCAGGUCGCGCCCAAGCUCUUCAGCGUGGCCCCGGGCCAGGCGGCCGGGCACACGCUGCUGUACCGCCUCUUCCAGCACUACCAGCAGGAGGCGCACGAGGUGGCCCGGCGCAGCCGCGUCAUCUUCCACCAGAACUACCGCAGCACCGAGGCCAUCCUCAGCUUCGUCUCACGUCACUUCUACGUGGCCAAGGGCAGCCCCAUCCACGCCAGUGGCAAGGUUCCUCGCCACCCCCAGCACUACCCGCUCGCGUUCUGCCACGUGGCGGGCAACCCUGAGCGUGACGCGUCAAGGACGUCCUGGCUCAACACAGCCGAGAUUGCCCAGGUCAUCGCCAAGGUGCAGGAGAUCUAUGCCUCCUGGCCCCACUGCUGGGGCCGCCGGGAGCAGAGGCACAUCUGUGUGGUGUCCCACGGCGCCCAGGUGAGCGCGCUAAGGCAGGAGCUGAGGAAGAGGGACUUGGGCCAGGUGUCCGUGGGCAGCUUCGAGGUCCUGCCAGGGCGCGAAUUCCGGGUGGUGGUGCUGAGCACCGUGCACAGCCCGCACAGCCUGCGGAGCCCCGAGGCCCCUGCCCUGGGCUUCUUCACGGACGCCCGCGUGCUCAACACCGUCAUGACCCGCGCCCAGUCCCAGCUGGUGGCUGUGGGUGACGCCGUGGCCCUCUGCUCCUUCGGGGCCUGCAGCAAGUUGUGGAAGAGCUUCAUCUGUGAGUGUGUGAAGCAUCGCAGCGUCUGCCCCGAGGGCCUGUCGCUGGGGCACAUCGAGCAGGCCGUGGUCCACAGGCGGCACUGGGCCCUCGGAGCAGAGCCAAUGCUGGCAGCUGUGGCGCAGGGCACUGUCCCCCAGGAGGGGGCAGCCGAGGGCCCAGCUACAGCGCGCACAGCCGUGGAAAAGGUGGAGCCGGGGGCGGUGGCCCAAGGCGGUACCUUCCUGCCCGGGACCACGGCGGCGGCGGGAGACACGGCCACACAGGCGGCAGAGGCUGGGGAUACAGCGUCGGGGUCUGUGGCCGGGGGGCGCCCGGCAGCGGGGGACACGGAGGUGGAGGACACGACAUCAGCAGAGAGCUCAGCGAGGGGCGACGUGGCCCCCGGGGAUGCGGGAGCAGGGCUGAUGGCCACGGAAGGCAGGGACCCCGAGGACCCUGAGGACUCCGAGUCCGACUUCUGGCCUGACAGCGAGCUCAACGCCGAUGACUCCAUCCUGCAGGAGCUCCUGGACGAAGGCCGGAACGUGAUGGUGACCGUCCGGGAAGAUGGGCUUCUGGACACCGUGGCCGGGUCCGAGUCCCCGCACCAGGCCUGGGGGUACACGAACCUGCCGCGGGCCAAGCUGCGGAAGCUUCUCCGCUCGCAGCCCGAGCGGUACCGCCACUGUGCCUUCGUGCAGGAGACCUUCGAGCGGGCGACGGCCGUCCCGCUGGACGGCGUGGACCCCGGCCCCAUCCAGGUCAGGGGCCGCUUGCGCUGUGGGAUGGCCUUCAGCGGGGACGAGGUGCUGGUGGAGGUCCUGGGCGGAGACAGAGGCACCUCGGGGAGGCUGCAGGGCCGCGUGGUGGGCGUGCUGAAGAGGAAGCACCGGGAGCUGGUGUUCGUGUGCCGCAUGGACGAGUGGGACCCCCGCAUCAUGACCCCCAUCGACGGCUCCGUGACGAAGAUCUUCGUGGCCGAGCUGAAAGACCCCCUGCGGGUGCCCAUCCACCGCGUCCUGCAGGGCCGCGUGCAGCGCGUGGGGCACGAGCGGCUCACCGCCGAGGCGCGGGGCAGCCGGCUCUUCCGAGUGCGCAUCGUCCUGUGGCGGCAGCGUUUCUAUUACCCGCUGGGCAUCGUCCUGGAGGUGCUGCCCGAGGCCAGCACCUGGGAGCGGGGCCUCCGCGUCCUGGACCUGGAGCACGGCCUGGGGGAGCCCUCGCCAGAGCCGGCCUCCACCUGCAGGGCCUCGAAGAAGCACCGGGCACCCGGCCGCCGGGAGGACUGCCGCGGCUUCCUGACCUUCACCGUGGACCCCCAGGGCGCCCGCUACCUGGAUGACGCCCUCAGCGUCCGAGAUCUGGGCCCCAGGUACGAAGUGGCCGUGCACAUCGCUGACGUGGCCAGCUCUGUCCCCAGGGACGGGGCUCUGGACGUGGAGGCCCGCAGGCGGGGCACCGCGUUCUACGCCCCCGACCGGGAGCCGGUGCCCAUGCUGCCCGACAGCCUCUGCCAGGAUGUGCUCAGCCUCCUGCCGGGCCAGGACCGCUUGGCCAUCUCCCUCUUCCUCACCGUUGAGAAGGGCAGCGACCAGCUCAAAAGCCUGCGCUUCGCGCCCUCCGUGAUCCGCUCCGACCGCCAGCUGUCGUACGAGGAGGCCGAGUGCGCCAUCAAGAGGCACCCGGGUGCGGGCUGGGAGCUGCCGGCCCAGCUGGACUCCGUGGAUGCCUGCGUCGCGGCCGCGUGCCACUUGUCCCGGGUGCUGCGCCGGCACCGCCUGCAGACGGACUCCCACUACGAGCAGCCGACCGAGGACUGCGCGCUGGGCUUCCGUGCGGCCCACGUCAUGGUCAAAGAGUACAUGAUCCAGUUCAACAGCCUGGUGGCCGAGCUCCUGGUGAGCAGCGAGCGCACGCGGACGGUCACGCCGCUGCGCUGGCAGCCCGCGCCCAGCGACUGCCAGCUCGCGGCGCUGCGCGAGAAGCACGGGCAGCUGGUGCCCCUGUCGCUGCACCUCCGCCACCACCUGGGGGGCUGCGGCCCCCCCCCGCCGCGGCUCUACCUCCUGGCCUCCCUGUGGAGGCACGUCCAGCUCGCAGCCCGCGCCCACGACGGUGACCGCCUGGCGGACCUCGUCACCACGGACGACGUGCACCCGCCUCUGGCGCCCGUGGGCCUCGACCUCCGCAAGGCCCUGGGCCGCUCCGUGUUCGGCCGUUCCCGCGAGGGUGGACGGCCGGUGGCCGGCCACUACGCGCUGCAGGUGGACUGCUACACGUGGGCCACCUCCCCCAUCCGCAGGUACCUGGACGUGGUGCUGCAGCGGCUGAUCCUGCUGGCGCUGGGCCACGGCGGCUCCGCCUACUCCGCCCGGGACAUCGGCGGGCUGUGCCACGAGUUCAGCUACCAGCACGGGCGCGCCCAGAGCUACCAGCGCCGGGCCCGGAGCCUGCACCUGGCGGUACAGCUCAAGACCCAGUCGCGCAGCAAGCUGGGCUUCGUGGUGGACCUGGAGGCGGGCGCCCGCUGCUUCAAGCUGCUCUUCCCAGCCAACCGCGAGACCCUGCCCGACCCCUGCCCUGUCUUCUACCGCGCCCUGCAGCUGGCCGAGCACCCCUGCUGCCUGGCGAGGCGGCCGGGCCUGCGGCUUUCGUGGCGGCGCCGCGUCUACUCGGUGCAGGAGGGCAGGCCGUGCUCCCCGCCGCCCGGCACCCUGCUGGACCCGCACACCUGGCCUGUGGACGCCGACCUGUGGCAACAGCUGCUGCGGCUGGUGGAGGAGCAGCGGUGGCCCCAGGCGGCCGCCCUGGUGCAGGAGCGAGGUGCGGCGGAGCCCCAGCGGCGGGAGCUGGGGCGGGUGCGGCGGAGCCACUGUGGCCACUUUGUGGAGGUGGCCCGGGAGCUGGGCGCGGGGGACACGCUGCAGGUGCAGCUCAGCGCCACCCUGCAGCGCGGGUUCCUGGCACCGACCCUGCAGCUGUGGACUGUGGCCCCUGGCCUCACCCUCUGCCUGGAGCACGUGGAGAGGCCAGGCGACUGCUUCUCGGGCCAGAUGCCCCAGGCGGGGCGGGACCGGUGUUCGGACGUGGGCGAGCACUGCCGCGUGUGGGGGCCCUUCUGCUCCCUGGAGGCGGCCACCAGCGCGGUCUCGGAGAAUGACUCGGUCACGCUGCAGCACGUGCGCAUAUCCUGGGAGCGCACGGCGCAGGGGCGGCUGCGGGGCGCCUUCUGCCUGGAAACCUCCUUCCUCAGCGAGCACUGUACCGACCUCAGCUUCAGGCACUGCUACCUGUGCGUCCGGCUCGAGGGGCUGCCGGCUGGGGCCGGUGCUGGACCCGGCCAGCCUCCCCCGGCCGCCCCGUCCUCCAGGCCCAGCAGCCUCGGGCCCUUCCUGAGCAUCGACCCCGACACGUACACGUGGGUGGCCCACGGGCUGACAGAAGACUGGGACCUGAGAGAGAGCCAGGCGGACCGGCAGGAGAUCCCCAAGCAGGUGCACUUCUCCAUCCAGCACAUGGCCAUGGAGAAGGUUCCAGAAGAGGUGCUGAGGCCUGGCACCCCAUUCACCGUCGAGGUGCUGCCCAAGCAGCUUCCUGACAUCCGCAAGGAAGAAGCCGUGUGUGGGCUGAAGGACGCGUCCCCGCUGGUCAUCAGCAUUGCCCUGGGCCAGCCCAUCCCUCCGCACUGCCAGCAGACCCUCUGCCGGGGGACCUACGGCAGGCUCCUGGAGAAACAGACGUUCGACCUCCCCGGAGGCCGCCACACGCUGAACCCCAGCCAGAAUGGGGCCAUCAGGGAGGCUCUGAAGAAGCAGUUCACUGUGAUCCAGGGCCCUCCAGGCGCAGGGAAGACGGUGGUGGGCUUCCACAUUGUGUUCUGGUUUCACAAGUCAAACGAGGAGCAGGUGGGGGCCUGUGCCCCCCCCAGUGAGGAGAAGCAGCCGGGGGGCCCCUGCAUCUUGUACUGCGGCCCCUCUAACAAGUCGGUGGACGUCCUGGCAGGACUGCUCCUGAGCAGGAGAACGGAGCUGAAGCCCCUUCGAGUGUACAGUGAGCAGGCGGAGGCUGCAGACUUCCCGAUGCCGGGUGUGGGCGGCAGGGGUCUGCCCAAGAAGAGCCCUCGGGAGGGCAGUCCCAACCAGACUCUCAGGAGCAUCACCCUGCACCACAGGAUCCGGCAGGCUUCCAACCCCUAUGCACCAGACAUCAGGGCGCUUGACGCCCGGCUGCAGAAAGGGGAGAUCUUUUCCAAGGAGGAUCUCAGCUGGUACAGGAAUGUCCUGGGGAAGGCACGGAAGUUCGAGCUGGACCGGCACACAGUCAUCCUGUGCACGUGCUCAUGCGCGGCCCUGGCCAGCCUCAAGAAGCUCAACGUCCGGCAGAUCCUUAUCGACGAGGCCGGCAUGGCCACAGAGCCUGAGACCCUCAUCCCGCUGGUGAAGUUCUCGAAGGCUGAGAAGGUGGUUCUUCUCGGGGACCACAAGCAGCUGCGGCCUGUGGUCAAGAACGAGCAGCUGCAAAAUCUGGGGCUGGACCGGUCUCUCUUCGAGAGGUACCACACGGAGGCCUACAUGUUGGACAUACAGUACCGCAUGCACGAGGGCAUCUGUACCUUCCCGUCCAUGGAGUUCUACAAUGGGAAGCUGAAGACCUGGCAGGGCCUGAGGCGGCCACCCAGCGUCCUCGGCCACAUUGACAAGGAGAGCUGCCCUGUCAUUUUUGGCCACGUGCAAGGCCAUGAACAGAGCCUACUGGUGUCCACAGAUGAAGGGAAUGAAAACUCCAAGGCCAACCUGGAGGAGGUAACAGAGGUGGUCCGCAUUGCCAAACAGAUGACCCUGGGCAGGACAGUGGACCCCAAGGACAUCGCAGUUCUCACUCCCUACAACGCUCAGGCUGCGGAGAUCAGCAAGAGUCUCCUGCGGGAGGGUGUCGCUGGAGUGACUGUGUGCUCCAUCUCCAAGAGCCAGGGAAGCGAGUGGCGCUACGUGCUGGUGAGCACGGUCCGCACGUGCCAGGAAAGUGACCUGGACCAGCGGCCGACUAAGAGCUGGCUUAAGAAGUUCCUGGGCUUUGUUGUGGACCCCAACCAAGUGAACGUGGCCAUCACCCGGGCCCAAGAGGGGCUCUGCCUCAUCGGAGACCACCGCCUCCUGCGUUGUUGCCCUCUCUGGCGUAGAUUCCUGGACUUCUGCGAGGCCCAGCACAGCCUUGUGCCCGCCAACCAGGUGCGAGUUCGGAAGAGGCCAGCCGUGUCUCCCUGAAGAGCCCUCUCCACCUGCCCACCGCUCUCAAGCUGCCAGGACUUGGAGGAAAAGACCGUGCCCUCUUCUGAGGGCUCCCUAGUCAGGCACCGCUCAGGAGCAUCCCGUGUGCCUUCGGUGGGCACUGUGGCCACCCCGCCUGUCGGACUGGGUUUCUGAGGCCAACUGCUGAGCAAUAAUCUCCUUCUGGAGUCUUGGCCUCUCCCCAGGGCAGAGAGCAGGCCAGGCCCCACCAUACCGAUGUGCUGUGCGCCUGCACUGGGGAGGAAGAAUCCCUCUCUCCCUGCCGAGCCUUUCGUCUGGAAAUCUGGUGACAGGGGACAUCUCAGGGGUCAGGGGCUCGGGGAGGUCCUCUGGACCUUCUGGUGUUACUAGGAAGGCUUGGGGUCAGAAGGAAAUCCUGCUGGGGCUACUUUUUGGUUUUUGAGCACCAUCCCUGAGACACUGGGCGCGGCUGUGGAGCUCAGCGUUUCCUUUUUUCCCUUUCUCACUUCCUUCUUCCUUCCUUCCUUCCUUCCUUCCUUCCUUCCUUCCUUCCUUUCUUCUUUCUUUCUCUUUCUUUUUUUUCUUUCCUUUCUUUUCU